UUUACGUUCGCCACUACACGUCAAUUGCAUCCUCAUAAUCAGUAGUAUCGAGUAGCCUAGCCCAUACGGCUACAUGGAGAAGGUAACCUUCAUCACUGGCGCAGACGCAUUUCUCUCUGGAGCCCUCCCUCUAUCCUCUCUUUCUCUCUCUCUCCCUCUUUCUCUCUCUCUUUCUCUCUCCUCUCCCUCUCUUCUCCUCAGUGUGCAUGUAUGCUCUAUUGUCAACAAAGCUGCGUAAGGAGGAAAGGAACGAAUGGCUGAAUAGAAGAGAGAGGAAAGGAGAACAUCAGAUGUUUCCCUGUUUGCACAACUAUGCGUGAUCAAGCAGCUGGUUGAGGGAGGGUAGUGUAUAAUGUAUGAAAAGCUGACCAUGCUGAAUCUACAAAAUGGAUCAAACUGGAACGGGCCGAACGACUGGUACCACCAGCAGGCCAACAUGCCACCACAGCACACCUCAGUUUCAGAUGGGUGCCUGGCAGACCCAGAAGGGGUCAUGCAAGGAGGUGGAGGAGGAGGAGGAGGAGGCUUAGGAGGAGGGGGAGUGCAUGCCGAGAGGGAUGAAGGUGAGGAGUCACAGCUGAGGCUGCAGCUGAAGAGGAAGCUGCAGAGGAACCGCACCAGCUUCACCCAGGAGCAGAUCGAGGCCCUGGAGAAAGAAUUUGAAAGAACCCAUUAUCCAGAUGUGUUUGCGAGGGAAAGAUUGGCCAACAAGAUCGACCUACCAGAGGCGCGGAUUCAGGUGUGGUUCUCCAACCGAAGAGCUAAGUGGAGGAGGGAGGAGAAACUGCGCAACCAGAGAAGGAGCGGGGUGGGGACUUCCUGUACUCAGACCCCACUGAGCACUUCCUUUAACGCGAUGUACCAGCAGCAGCAGCAACAGCAACAUGGCAGCAGUGCAGGCUCCAUGCUCAGUCAGAGUGAGUCAUCCCUUUCUGGCUAUAGUUCACUCUCAGUGUACUCCACUAUUCAGUCCAUCCCUCCUCAGUCCACCCCCUCUUAUGCAUGCAUGCCCUCCGCUCCGCGCACGUUUGAUUCGUCCUCCUACCCCUCCCCCCACCUCCCCCCUCCCCCGCCAGCCAACAGCAGCACAGGUUUGAUUUCCCCAGGUGUGUCAGUGCCUGUGCAGGUGCCAGGGAAUGAGCAGAACAUGAACCAGAGCCUCAGUCAGUACUGGGCCCGUCUGCAAUGAUGCCCUGAGACAGCCAAACCGCAACGGCGGAAGAGAGUCAGCAAGAGACUUUUUCCUCAUGAAAAACAAGAAAUGCGUGAGGACCGAAAGAGGAACUUAUAUUGAAUUAGUCACGAGAUGAAGUGUUUAGGUUUGAUACGGUGGAGAUCCUCUGAAUCUCCUCGUCCACACUUCUUGGCUUGUUUACAAAAUGUGCAGACAUUUAAAUCCCCUGGAAAAGAAGCUUUGAAAAGCUAAUUUUCACUCUGAAAAGCUUAUUGGGUUUUUUUUCACACUCUCUAUGUUUGAGAGUUCAGCUAUACUGUGAAUUUAUUGAUAUCCUUUAAGAAGCUAACUCAUAAUGAAAUAUUUUGAUAGCUUUAGAACAUUAAUAGAAUUGUAUAAAUCUGUAAUAUACAAUCUAGAUGUUUCAUAUGAGAGAGCGGGAAUGUAACCUCCGAACUGUAACAAGCAUAUUUCAAAUGGGACAAGGCUCAGACACUGACAAUCAGCACUUACUCUCUUUGCCAAAUGGGAAUCCAAAAGCAUGGCCUACACCCAGCAAGUGACAAUCAAAGGUAGAAAGGAGAUAAUCCAUGACAAUCAAAGUGUUCUAAUUUACACAGAACCCUAUACAAUAUGCAUGGGGGUUGUACCACAACAUCCAGUAACAUGAUCAUCAUCUGUUUUUUUAGUGAUUGUUUGAUAACAGUGACAUAGAGGUGCAAUCUGUGGUAUUAUACACUUACAUACACAGAGCACACCAACUCCACAUAAGACGUUGUGGACAAAAUAGAAAAACAAAUAUACUGUAUGUUUACAGAUUGCAUUGUGGAAACAAUGCUUUUUGAAUAGCCUACUGUUUUGCAGGUUGAUACUUAAUUGGCCAAUAUUUUAUGGCUCUUAAAAAAAUGAGAAUUCAUCAUGGCGUCAAAGAUAUGACUUAAUUAGGUCAUAUUAGACACCAAAGCUAAAUAUGCUUUCUUUGGCUUUCUUUGCUUUACUCUGCUUUGUAAAAACCAACAUCACAGUUGACACAGACCUAUGUAGAAUGCUAACUGUAAUUUGUCAAUUUAUUUGGUAACAUUAACUAAAAAGUCUGAAUAUUGUCAUGUAGGUCUCUGCCCCAGAGGACAAAUAUUCCAAGUUAAUAGCCUUAAUGUUUAAGGCACUGGUUUCCAUCAGCAAAAGUUAAUCAAAAAUGCUCUUUGCACUGAUGGACUAUGAAAGGGACCAACAAUCUAUGAAAAGUAGAAUUUUCAGGUCAGAGGAAAACACAUUGAGAGAUGAGGACUAAACAAUAGGGAUGUUAAAGAUUGCACCUAC